AUGUCGCACUCUUUCGAGAUAGAUGGAAAGUCUCCCCUUCUCUUCCUCCCAGAGCAUCUUCUUAUUUUGUUUUUGAAUAAGGCCUCUUUCGAUGGAGCUGAUAUGGAAGAGAUCAUGAACGAAGUCCUCGGCACUCGUCCCUUGUUCCUUUCAGAUCCUCGAGACGAGUCAGAGAUCUUGAAAAGCGUACUUCGCAAGGGACAGUUCCCUUUCACGCUUAAAGGGUACUUCAAGUUUGGUUUCCAGCCUUCUUCUCUGUGGAUUUCCACGCAGACUCGAGACUCAAGCCGCGGGGAAGAGUCAGCCAUUGCCGAAUUUGCGGGGCGAUAUAAAUCUGAAGAGGAUACCAAAGCUGCCCUGAAUAUGUUGAAGUUGCUAUUGCAUCAAACACUCCAGGCUGUUGGGGCUUCAGCUUCAGACCCUUCUCCACGACCUCCUAUCGACCAUUUGGUUGAAUGGAUCAAAUGGACCUCAGAUGCACUGUUCGCUGACGAGUUCCGCGAUGGUAUCUCUCACAUGAUUGGGAUGCUGUGCAAGAAUGGUGGUGUAAUUGAUCUCUACCAAGAUCGCUUUGGCGCCCAAGGUCAUCCAGAGACGGGACCCGACAACGCAGUCGAGCUUGCAAUGCAAUCCUACUGCCCCAGCUCUCUCCUUGAGAACUUUCUCAUGUACCGACCAGUCAGCGAAGGACCACUAACCGCUAGGAGCAAGCUCUGGAGACGUUUCGGCUCUGAUCUGCCUCGAGGAACACAUCGUGCUGUGUCAAACAUGGAGUGGAUCGUCGCCGGUAUUCACACCCAGUUCUACGGCCGAAAGUUUGGUCCUUUCACUGGCUAUGGCGAGAGACUCAAAGGAUUUGACUACCCCGAGGGUAUUGCUGAAGUCUACAAAAUCAAGGCUUAUUUGCUGUCGAACGAGUACUGUACCGAUGCGAUUGAAAGAGAGGCCCUGAACAAUCUCGCCGAGGCGGUCACCGAGAUCCAAGAGAUGCUUCCAUUCACUGGCCGCCUUCACCAUGGCGAAGAUAGCGAGAAUGAAGGUUUAUUCAAGCUCUUCAGUGCUGUGUCAUGCCUCGCUUCCGAUUCUUACAAAACAGAAUGUGAUAAGCUGACUGAAGAGCUUGGCCCACGACGCCAUCAAUUCAUCAUCAACGACCGUUUUGACCCUCGAGUUGAAUGGAUGAAGUAUACGGCUGACAUCAAGAUUCCCGAGUUACAGAGUGAGCCUGGCAAGAAGUUCCGCGAUGAGGCCCUCGAGAUCUGGCGACGACUGAUCAUUGAGCGUGGCGACAACCGACGAUGGUGGGAGAUUAAGGAGCAGGAUAAGUGGUUCGUCCCUAUCGAAGAGGUCAAGUCUGCUCUCAGAGUCGCGAAUCCAUCUGCUGCAGAUGCUAUGGGUCUCUAA